CACUGAUGAGAACCCGCUAGCGACAGCAUUGUUGCAGUGUGGUUCACGAACGUUGAUUGUGUGGACGCUGGUGAUUUUGUCGUAUUAUAUCCGCCUUUAAUGAAGUUUAUUUCGCUUUUUCCUCAUCAUAUAUUGACCAAGAAGUCAGUGACGUUGAAAUGUAGGAAGAUUAAAACGACCAGUGGCAGUGCGUCGAUACGACAUCUCAGUUCCUCGACGCGAUUGUUGAAUCGUGUACCGUUAGCCUGCCAUCCUCAACAAUUUCAUGAACAAUCUCCUUCUAUCUUCAAAAUGGACUCCAUGGCUCCAUCUGUAGGGAACAGGGCGCUGCCACCAAUGAAGCACUUCUACCGCAAAGUGCUCCCGCCAUCCUGUAUCUCAUUCUCAUCCGAGGAUGGCAAGAAGUUCUUCAAGGCAGCCAUUUUGGAAGGAAAUAUGGAAUGUUACUUCAAGCUUGCUGCACAGUUUCGAACUCAAGAUGAGCCUGCGUUUUGUGGACUGUCUACAAUGGUGAUGGUCUUGAAUGCCCUUGACAUUGACCCGGGUCGCAUUUGGAAAGGGGUAUGGCGAUGGUAUCAUGAGAACAUGCUCGACUGCUGUGUGCCCUUGGAAAUUGUGCAACAGCGAGGUAUCAAUUUUGACCAGUUUCUGUGUGUGGCCAGUUGUAAUUCUCUCAAUGUUGAAGCUACAAGAAUGAAUGAGGGUGUAAUGUCUGUUGAGGAAUUCCGAGAAUUGAUCAGAAACUACACAAAGAGAGAUGAUGCAUUUGUUGUGCUGUCCUAUUCUCGCCCAGCCCUUGGCCAGUCCGGAGAAGGUCAUUUCUCUCCAGUAGGAGGCUAUCACCCUGGAAACGACCUUGUGUUGAUUCUGGACACAGCGAGGUUCAAGUAUCCUCCACACUGGGUGCCCCUGGAACUCAUCUACGAAGCAAUGAAAGAGAUCGAUCUGGAUACAGGGAAGCCCCGCGGUUUGAUGGUGAUGUCGAGCAGGAAAGAAAGUCAUCCUCUUUUGUUGUUCCGCCUGUCGAACAACAUGAGUCUGACUGCUCGGAGUCUCUUUCAUCCAGCUCUCCCAGAGUUUAUGCUGAAAUGGAAGACUCGAACGGACAGAAUACCCGAGGAAUCAUUGUCCAGCGAUGCCCUUGCCGAGAGAGCUGCACGGGAAAUGAUGCAAGCUUUGGCUGAAAUUAGAGACAAUUUAACUAUAAUGACCACCCAGCUGGACAUCACCUGCCCACAAGACGUUGCUGAAGAGCAUGAGUGUCUCAUACAACACCUUAUCUUAGCUCUCCAACAGACUGUCAUAUUUGAAAAAGUGUCAGAUGUUUUCAAAUCUCUUCCUGAGGACACCAAGGACACAAUGGAGAACUUGUUUGAACCUUCGUGGCCUAGUUGUAAUGGGAAAUGUCAGCCUUUUAACAAACUAAAAUGUGAACACUUUAUUGCAUUUUUCAUUCUCAGUUGGCCGUACAAGGCAGGGGCUUCAGGGGAGACAACUCUUGCACAUCUCUAUGACCAAAUGUUUGAAGAAGAGCUUGAGAGGAUGUCUGUGGAUGUUUUAAGAAAUGAAGUGAAGUCCUUAAAAGAUCAGUUGAAUGUUGUCAGGCAGUAUUAUGAAAACAAUCCCAAAGGUCCAGGGCCAUGUUGCAAGAAAAGAAAAGUUUGAGAGGCCUUUUCAUUCUGAGGGGAUAGUUUAUUUCAUGUACCAAGACACUCAAAGUUUUGACCACAAAUAAUUUACAUACUAUUCACAAAUUUGCAAAAUCAAAAAACUUGCUUCAUCACACUACCUGCUUUUGAUGUCGUAUGGAAAUGUAUUCACAUAAAACCUCAACUUGCCAGGACAUGGUCGCGUCAGGAUAAACAUUUACAUUUUCUGGCAGUGAAUAGAACAUGUGCCCAAAGAACAAAGGAUCAUUUUUCACCCCCUGUCUCAUCUUAACUACAAAUGUUAAACUAAUAUAUGAUGGUGCUUGUUGUUGUCCAGUCCAGCUGUAGGAAUUAAGUGAGUGAGUUUAGUUUUCGGGUUGACAAGCGAAUGAUUUUACCACGAGGUUACACCCCUGCCCCUCAGGUGUGAGUAGAGCUGGUGAGGUAGCCUUGUGGUUGAAGCGUUCGCUCGCUCAUCACGCCGAAGACCGGGUUCGAUUCCCGGAUGG